AGUUGCUAGUUGACCAACAGCACAGCUAGCAAGGAGCUAACCGAAACGGAACCGGAGAGGAGCCUCCCCGCGGCCGCCUGCUGACACCGAAGGCCGGUAUGGUGACAGCGUGACCGGCGGUCAGCACAACAUGAACGCGUACAGACCCAACCCAUCCCCAGCGGAGGACGGGGAGCUGGAGGACGGGGAAAUCUGUGACGAUGAAACCGAGGAGAGUGUACCGAUGCGGCGGGGGGAAGGGAACAGGCCCCGCGGCGGCGCUGGUCAGAGGACUCGGAAACCGCACCACCACCCGCAAAAUGCAGGGCCGCUUCUGGGCCACCAGCCGCCGGGCUUUAUGCAUGUGCUGCCCUACAACCACGGACCCUUUUCUCCUAGCCACAGGCAGCAGUGUGGGCCCAGCGGGCCCGAUCGGCCCCCCUUUCCGCCCGCUGCGCUUGGACUCCCGCUCCCCCCGCCACCGGGACUCGGUCUGCUGGGCGAACCGAGCCCACGAUCUAACUUCUGGGAGCGUAGCCACGACGCACUGGGUAGGUUUCGUCAUCGGGUCCUGCCGAACAGAGGACGGGGAGGCAGGAACCGAGGUGGCAUGGAGGGGAACUUCCGAGUCCCACCGGGCCGAUACGGGCCUCCCGAGAUUCACGGAUCCCCGCUGAGAAAACAGAAGCCGCCGCCCCGGAAUCGGCCCAGGAAAGAUGGUUCUGGGAUUCCUGGUGUUUCCCGAGUGGAGGCUGGCACCAAUGAAAGCUUUGAGGACCUGCUGUCCAAGUACAAGCAGAUCCAGCUGGAGCUGGAAUGCAUCCGAAAGGAGGAGACCAUGGUCCUGGGCCCCUCCACCUCUCCUCUCAGGGAGGGUGCUGCAGACAGUGUUGCUGGGCCUCCAGAGGCCACACCAGCACCAGGACUGGGUCCAGGGCCCGUAGGAGCUGAGGAGCUGGCAGAGCGUGAAAAGAAAGAGAAAAAAGUGUUUCAUGCGUUCAACAUCAAGCCUCUCCGUCAGAAACUUCCUGUCCCGGCCAUCCUGGACCAGAGCCAGACGGAGUGUGUGGAUCCAGAUGCAGCAGGUGGAGCUGCUGCAGGAAGUUUAGAGGAGACCGUAGAAGGAGGUGCGGCUGUGGCGGGGGAGAAGAAGCCGUGUGUUUGCUGCAGUAAGGACACUCCACUGCCAGCAGGAGGGGCAAGUGCUGCUGCAGGAAGUUUAGAGCAGACGGUAGAAGGAGGUGCUGCUGUGGCGGGGGAGAAGAAGCCGUGUGUUUGCUGCAGUAAGGACACUCCACUGCCAGCAGGGGGGGCAAGUGCAGAGAAGAGUGCUAGUGAAGCUGGCGUGAAGGAAUGGUGCGUGUGCUGCAGCGAGGAAGCUCAGGCGGUCAGCUCGUGUCCCAGCCAAUCACCAGCCUCCAGCGAGGAGUCCUCCAUCUUACCUGAUAAGGUGGAAAAGGUGGAGGAGGAGGAGCUGUCGGAGCUGCAGCUGCGUCUCCUCGCUCUACAGUCCGCCAGUAAGAAGUGGCAGCAGAAAGAGCAGCAGGUGAUGAAGAAGACCAAGGACCGGAUUUCCAAAGCUGCUCAGGACAAGAACUCCAGCUCUGAACUGACGUCUCCUACCAAGCAGAGGGUCACCACCAGGUCCGCCUCUGCCGCUGCAGCCGCCGCAGCCGCCACGGACAGGAACAGCAGGAGCCGGUCCAAACUUGCAGAGAAGGACCGGACGAAGACCAGACCUAGACCUGCAGACAGAGAGAGACCAAAGCAGAGUCCAAAAUUGGGUUCCAAAGCUGCACCAGCAAGAAGCAGAACUCCAGCGAGACCUCACAGCUCCAAGAAGAUGACAAGUCUAGGCUCAGCGGUGAAGCAGACGGUCAGGAAGCAGCAGCUGCACACCUGGAAGCAGCAGCAGCAGAAGAAGCUGGAGGAUAAACGGCGACAGGAGGAGGAGGACCGGCGGAAAAGGGAAGAAGAAAUCCGCAGAAUCCGGGAUCUCUCCAACCAGGAUGAGCAGUACAACCGUUUCAUGAGGCUGGUCGGCGGCAGGAGGACUCGCAGCGGGUCCAGGGACCAGGACCAUAGGAAAUCUGCUGGUAAGCCAGGCAUGGAUACCUUAGGGAACCUUUACCAGUAUGACAACUAUGACGAGGUUGCCAUGGAUACAGACAGCGAGACGGGCUCGCCAGCAUCAUCGCCCAAACACGACCUGCUGUCAGCGCACGAGGCCGGAUGUUUCCCUCCACCAGAUGUUCCCCUCCACCGGGCCGAAGCCGCCGUCUUUGGAAUGCCCUUCCUCUCCUCCACGUUGCAAAGUGUUCCUCCCCCUCCACCCCCUCUCCCUCCUCCAGAUGAGCUGGAGCCUCCGCCCAAGCCUCCGUUUGCUGAUGAAGAGGAGGAGGAGGAGAUGCUGCUGAGGGAGACCUGUCUGAUGUCAAUGGCCAACAAGCGUGUGGCUGCUGAGAAAAGCUCCAGUGCCCCCCCGUCGCCCAGCUGCCCACCUCCUUCAGACGUUCAGCCCCCCGCCAGAGGAAACCUGAGUGUGGUCAGCCUGAACACUGUGCCUGCAGGAAGAGGUGGACGCUUCUCCAGAACUCACCACGCCUCCAGAGCUCCACUGGUGCUGCCCAGACACAAGUCAGUGGUGGUCUCCCUCAAUGACUCGGACGACAGCGACUCUGACGUGGAUGGCUGCAGCUCCUCGCAGGCGGAGUUUGGAGGUCUGGAGUUCAUGAUCAAAGAGGCCCGCAGGACGGUGGAGGCGGCCAAACCCAAAGCCGCUUCCGGUUGUGAGAAGGAGAACAACCCUGUGAGAAGUGCAGAAGCUCCUGAAGCUCAAAAGGCCAACUCUCUCCUGCACAGUGAGCAGCUCUCCAGGGACAGGCUGAAGAAGGACCAGACUGGAUCACCUGCUCCUGAACCCGCCCUGGAUCAGAUUCUGUGGCCGGCUGCUGAGCUUCAGCUGAGCAAGGUGGAGCACAGACUCAGCAAGCACAGAGAGCUCCUGCAGAGGGACGAGGUCAUCCUCCGACACCUGCUGCAGCAGGAGCUAAAGAAAACAGAGUCUCUGAAGAUGGCCGAGGCCAAAGUGGCCAAACUCAGGGAGCAGCUGCAUGCCUCAGAGAGGAUCGUGGUGGCCAACCGAACGCUGCUGAAGAAGCUGCAGGAGCAGGUGCAGCGCGUCGAGCAGCGAGUGUCUGUGAAAAAGACUCAGGCCGUCCAGCUGGAGAAAGAGCUGAUCCAGGCUCAGGUGGCAGCGGGGCAGGGCGCCAAACGCCCCGCAGAAUCUAUCCCGCCUAUGCCCAGUAAGCUGCAACGCGUGGACGCCCCCCGCCACUGCUCCGAACACCAGUUUGCGGAGCUGAUCGCACAGAAGCGGCGGCUGCAGCAGCUGGAGGCCGAGUACGCCCUGAAGAUUCAAAAGCUGAAGGAGGCUCAGGCGCUUCGCAAUAAAACGGGCCCAGCCGAGCCCCAGGCACCCGCCUCCAUCCCCCCACCAGACCCACCGGUGGAGCGGUUGCCCGCACCCACGUCCUUCCACCCACCUCAGCCCUCCUUGCAUGACCUGUCCCAGGACAAGCUGACCCUGGACAGUGAGGACGUCCUAGAUGCCGACGAUCAGGAACCAGAACCUCCUGCUGCCCCCAUCUCUAAAGAUGGCCGCCGCUCCUCCUUUAGACAGUCCAACAGUUCCUUCACCAAACCCCAUCUGGAUGCUGUGAACUCCACCUCCUCCAAGGAUGGGAGCAGCACCAAGCUGGCCAAGACCGGAGGUGGAGGCGAACUCCCGGCAGAAAUGUUUGCUGGUCUGAACAUGGAGAGUCUGAGGCAGAGGUUCCAGCAGCAGACCCAGCUGGGAGAGCUGCUGCACAGGGAGAUGCACAUGCUCGGGGGGAACGUGAAUGACCCCCCAGCCCAGCAGUUUCCUAUGCAGGUGCUGCUACAAGAGGGGGAGACCAGCCAGUUAGCAGGCUUGGAGCUGAAGCCUGUUCCCUUCAAGGCGUACCACAGCCCACUUUUGACGUUCCGGUCUUACAGGUUCAGCCCAUACUACAGGACCAAGGAGAAGCUGUCCCUGAGCUCAGUCUCCUUCAGCAAUGCCAUCCAAGCCAACAAGUGUUUCUGUCGCUUUGACCUAAUGGGUACCUGCAACCAUGACGGCUGCAGAUGGCAGCACAUGAGGAAUUGCACUAUGAGCAGAGACCAACUCUACCAGGAUAUCUUGUCCUACAACCUGUCUCUGAUUGGCUGCUCAGAGAGCAGCUCAGACCAGGAGAUCGGUGAUGCCACAGAGAGCUAUCUGAAGAAGCUGUUCGGGCCAAAUAAAGAUCGCAUGUCUGUGGACCAGAUGGCCGUCCUUCUUGUCAGCAAAGUCAACGAAAGCAAGAAGCACGUGCCCCCGUUUACCACAUGCAAAGAUGCUCGCAAAUGGAGGCCGAAGCCCUCUCUGCAGACUGGAGGAGACGGUGAGGACAGCGGGGACGAGGCCCCGGAGGCUCAGCCGACCCCUGCAGGAGACGGCGCCUGCAGGAGUGGCGCCCCCCCUGUGGAUGCUUGCGUCACUUCAGAGGACCGCCGCUACUUCAUCAGUGAGACGGAUGAUAUCGCCAACCUUGAGGCCAGCGUCCUGGAGAGCCCCCGGGACACGCAGCUCUGGAUCAAACUGGCCUUCAGAUACCUCAACCAAACUGACACGUCAGCAGCAGAGGGCCUGGAAGCUGCUCUCAACACGCUGUCCCGCGCUCUGGAGAGCAACUGCGAUGACCCGGAGGUUUGGAGCCACUACCUGCUGCUGUUCUCCAGACGAGGCAGUCAGGAGGAGGUGCAGGAGAUGUGCGAGAUGGCUGUGGAGCACGCACCCGACUACCGAGUGUGGUGGAACUACCUGAACCUGGAGAGCUCCUUCGAGGGGCGGGACUACGUGUGCGAGCGCUUGCUGCAGUUCCUUUUGGUUGAGUCGUCCUGCGACGCAAGAGAGAGACGGUCGUUCCAGCUGAUGGAGGCGCUGCUGUACCGCGUGCAGCUCAGCCUGUUCACAGGUCGCAUGGAGAGCGCCCUGGCCAUUUUGCAGAACGCUUUGAAGUCGUCUCAGGAGCGGAGUGUUGCUGACCACAUGACCCCCGCUGACCGCGCCCUCCUCUGGCUUUCCUAUAUUCACCUGACGGAGUUUGACCAGCUGCCAGCAAGCUUGUUUGACCCGGCCGAGUCCGGGCCGGGCCGAGUUGUCAGCAAAGAGUCCUUCCUGCUUCCCUGGAGAACGCAGCAAGAUGUCAGCACGCCGCCUGACAUCCUCAUCGCCCUGUUUCAAGACGCUGUCCAUCGGUGCAGCGAGGAGUCUGCAUCAGACGGCGAGCGCACACUGGCGUGCCUGCCCCUGCACUCCAACCUCAUUCUUCUCUAUAAGCUGCUGCAAAAGUACGAGCAGGGUGUGUCCCUCUGUGAAAGUCUGCUGGAGAUGUGUCCUGACUCGAGCACGCUGCGAAGCGCUCUUGCCGACCUCCACCUCAGUCGGGGCGACGCAGAGAGCGCCACUGGUACAUGGCUGCACGCCCUGGCAGAGUGUCCCCACGACGCACAGGUCUUCUACCAUUGCUGCUGCUUCCUCAUGAAUCAGGAAAAGUCCGGUGCCGUCCCUCCUCUGCUGCGAGCCUUCAUCCUGUCGCUCUGCGAGGACGACAGCAGCAGAAUGUCGCCUGUAGACAUCCUACGUCACCUUCUGGGCUUCUCAACCAAAGAGCUGCCGAUCGGCGCCGUCAUAAAGAAGGAGCUUCAGGGUCAUCUCCGUCAGCAGAUGCCAAUGCUGCACCUCCUGCACUGUCGGUGGCAGUGGCUGCAAGGCGGCGUGGAGGAGGUGGUGGAAGCCUUUGAGCGCGCUUUGGGAUCACCACUGCAGCUGAGCGAGCUGCACCUGCUGUGGAUGGACUACCUGCUCUUCAGCUGCAGCCCGCAGGCCGGUGCUGACGCCGCACGGCUUUUCCCAGAUCUUGUCAAUCGUUGCCUCAGCACCAUCCCGUCCCGGCUGGAGCUGCCCUUCAACCCUGCUGUGUUUUGGAGCAGCUACGGAUUUCACAACAAGGUGGUGGCUCUUUACCUGAGACACAUUCCACAACCUCAGCGAGCGCUGGUUCUGGAGAGACUGAGAGAGGCCAUGCCCAACAACAUUGAGCUGGGCCUCAGGUUGCUGCUUCAGGAGUGGCAGAAUGGAAACCUGGAACAGGUGAAGUUCCAGGCCCGCAUUCUGAGCAACUGCGCCCCCCGGUGUUUGUCCAGCUGGAGAAUAGCCAUUGCCGUGGAGAAGGAGCUGAGGGAGCGGGCUGAGGUGAGACUUCUGUUUGACCAAGCUCUGCAGCACCUGCCGCUGUGCGCCGCCCUAUGGAAACAUCGGUUGCUGUACGAGGCAGCAGAGGGCGGAGCUUCGCAGCGCCUGCAGCGGCUGGUGGACCGCUGUCGGCAAACGGGGGUCAGCGUGAGUCUGGGGGGAGUCGGCCCAUUGCUGGCCGAUGAUGUGUGAAGGAACUGAACUGAUCAGCUGUCAGUGAGGGAUGAGGUAAGGCCGACACCCCCGCCUCCUCUUUCCCACCCCCUCCAGAGGUGGGCGGAGCUCCAGAGUCUGUAAGUAUCGACUGCUGAGUGACGCCUUUGCUCUUCAUCACCUUCUUUUAGUUGCUCUCCCCUUUCAGUUGGAUUCAUUUCUCCCCUUUUAUCUCACUCACCUGAGGGGGGUGGGGCAGGGGAGGGGUAACCUGACGUGUCUGUUUAAAGGGAUGAACCCCCACCUUUUGUUUUGUUUGUUUGGUUUUUUGAGUUGAAAAAACCUGGACUUUUGUCUAAACUGAUCAAAGAAGCAUUCAGGUCACUGAGCUGCUGUAAAAGGGGGCGUGGCUGCCCACCUGGGCAGUGUUUUCUGAUUGGAUGAAAGAGUAUAAGAGACUAAUGAUGCUACGGACGCCGCCAAGCGCCCCCGGACUCAGCCAGACUACUCUUGCUGCCUGCUGGGGUUGUCAUGGAACAAAGGACACAUUUGUGCAUCUGUUUUGUACUUGUUGUUUUCAGAUGUCAUUAAAUUAUUUUCUACAAACUUGAA